CGUACGGUGGCCCCGUCAGGACAUUUGGUUUAUUUGGUGAGCGCGCACGUCACUCCCCGAGCUGCUACAUUCCGCCCAGCGCCGGACACCACGGGAGUCGGGACUCACCGAAAACGCCGGACGGGAGUGGUUUUUAUAGAGGCCUGGAUAUUGCAGGUCACAUGAGCUGGACAUCUAAUAAACAUGGGAAAUUCAUUAUCCUUAAUAAACUGUUAAUUAAUUGACGCCAUUGCCAGCCCAUAAUCUCAACGGAGACAGGAGGAACCAUUUAACUGACAUUUGUUUAAAAGCCGGCCCCCCUCCAACCACAGCUAUGUAUGGAAGUUCUCGUUCAGUCGGGAAGGUGGAGUCCACCAGCCAGAGUCCUGGUCGCUCCCCGCGACUUCCGCGUUCUCCUCGGUUAGGCCACCGCCGCACAAACAGCACUGGAGGGAGUUCUGGAGGGACCCCUGGUGGUGGAAGUGGAAAGACCCUGUCAAUGGAAAACAUCCAGUCUCUUAAUGCUGCUUAUGCCACGGCCAGCCCCAUGUAUCUCAGCGACCAUGAAAAUAUCGGGAGUGACACACCCAAAAGCACCAUGACUUUGGGGAGGUCUGGAGGGAGGCUUCCCUAUGGUGUAAGAAUGACCGCAAUGGGAAGCAGUCCCAACAUUACCACUAGUGGGGUGGCCAGCGACACCAUUGCCUUUGGGGACCAUCACUUAACACCGGUCAGCAUGGCGUCCACCGUACCCCAUUCACUACGCCAGGCCCAAAACAACACUAUCAUGGACCUUCAGGCCCAACUCAAGGAAGUCCUAAGGGAAAACGACCUUCUACGCAAAGACGUUGAGGUAAAAGAGAGUAAGCUCAGCUCCUCCAUGAACAGCAUCAAGACCUUCUGGAGCCCCGAGCUGAAGAAAGAACGAGCCUUGCGUAAAGACGAGGUGUCCAAGAUCAACGUGUGGAAGGAGCAGUACCGGGUUGUCCAAGAGGAGAGUCAGCACCUACACAUGAGCAUUCAGGCAAUGCAGGACGAGCUGAGGAUCCAGAGGGACCUGAAUCAGCUGUUCCAGCAGGACAACCUUGGCCGCCUCAAGGAACCCUUUACCGGUGAGCUGACGGAGGACAACUUCCGACUUCUGCACGUGGAGCAUGACCGCCAAGCCAAGGAACUUUUCCUGCUGCACAAAACACUCGAAGAGAUGGAGCUGCGCAUCGACACGCAAAAACAGACGCUCAACGCCAGGGACGAGUCCAUCAAAAAGCUGCUGGAGAUGCUGCAGAGCAAAGGCAUCCCCAAUAAAGUCAUGGAGGAAGACCAUGAGCGGACGCGAAGGCUGGCCGAAGCCGAGAUGCACGUGCACCACCUCGACAGCCUGCUGGAGCAAAAAGAGAAGGAGAACAACAUCCUUAGAGAGGAAUUGCACCGGCGCUUUGAGAAUGCCCCAGAUUCGGCUAAGACCAAGGCACUUCAGACGGUGAUCGAAAUGAAGGACUCUAAGAUCACCUCCAUGGAGAGAGGGCUCCGGGACAUGGAGGAAGAGAUUCACAUGCUGAAAUCCAACGGGGCCCUGAGCACGGAGGAGCGGGAGGAAGAAAUGAAGCAGAUGGAGGUUUAUCGCAGCCACUCCAAGUUUAUGAAGAACAAGGUAGAGCAACUGAAAGAGGAGCUGAGCGCUAAGGAGAUUCAGGCGGAGGAUCUGAGGAAGAGAACGUCAGCUCUGCAGACCGAGCUGUCAAGCAUUGGGCAGGUGAAGCAGGAACUCUCCCGUAAGGACACGGAACUCCUGGCCCUGCAGACUAAGCUGGAGACCCUCACCAACCAGUUCUCUGACAGCAAGCAGCACGUGGAGGUCCUAAAGGAAUCCCUCACCGCCAAGGAGCAGCGAGCGGCCAUACUGCAAACUGAGGUGGAUGCCUUGCGCCUGCGUCUUGAGGAGAAAGAGACGAUGCUGAACAAGAAGACAAAGCAGAUUCAGGAAAUGUCAGAAGAGAAGGGAACCCUUUCUGGGGAGAUUCAUGACCUCAAGGACAUGCUGGAUGUGAAAGAGCGCAAAGUCAAUGUGCUGCAGAAAAAGAUAGAAAACCUUCAAGAGCAGCUGCGAGACAAAGAGAAGCAGCUGGGCAGCCUGAAGGACCGUGUAAAGUCCCUGCAGGCUGACACCACAAACACAGACACCGCCCUCACCACACUGGAGGAGGCGCUCGCGGAAAAAGAGAGGAUCAUUGAGCGCCUGAAAGAUCAAAGGGACCGGGAUGAGCGAGAGAAACAAGAAGAGCUGGAGUCCUCCAAGAAAGAGCUCAAGGACCUCAGGGAAAAAGUCAGCGUUCUGCAGGGAGACCUUUCCGAAAAAGAGUCCUCGCUGCUCGAUCUGAAGGAACACGCGUCGACUCUCGCCUCCUCCGGCCUGAAGAAGGACUCUCGACUCAAAACCCUAGAGAUCGCCCUGGAGCAGAGGAAAGAGGAGUGUCUGAAGCUGGAGAGUCAGCUCAGGAAGCACUCUGAUGGGUUGCCUCACACAGGGAAAGCAGCCCACGAGGCUGCUCAAGAGGCCAAAUCCAGCCCGGAAAUGAACGAGCUGGAAAGGGAAGUGACAAGGUACCGGGAGGAAGCUGGGAAAUCUCAGGCCGAGGUCGAUCGGUUACUGGACAUCCUGAAAGAGAUGGAAAACGAGAAAAACGAGAAGGAUACCAAGAUUGCAGAGCUAGAGAGCAUCACAUCCAGGCAAAACAAAGAUCAGAAUAAGAAAGUGGCGACACUAAAGCACAAGGAACAAGUGGAGAAGAAGAAGAACGCGCAGCUCUUGGACGAAGCCAGGAGGAGAGAAGACAACCUGACAGACAGCUCGCAGCAAUUACAGGACGUCAUGCUCCAGAAAGACGACCGCAUCGAGGAGCUGGAGGAGGCGUUGCGGGAAAGCGUCCAGAUCACAGCAGAGCGAGAAAUGGUGCUGGCACAGGAGGAAUCGGCAAGGAACAAUUACCAAAAACAGGUGGAGGAACUGAUGUCUGCGAUGGAGAAGGUGAAGCACGAGUUGGAGUCCAUGAAGGCAAAACUGUCGUCUACCCAGCACUCCCUGGCAGAGAAAGAGAUCCAUCUGACCAACUUGCGUGCCGAGAGGCGCAAACACCUGGAGGAGGUGCUGGAAAUGAAGCAGGAGGCCCUCCUGGCAGCCAUCAGUGAGAAAGAUGCCAACAUUGCUCUGCUGGAGUUGUCCUCCUCCAAGAAGAAGAAGACCCAGGACGAGGUGGCUUCAUUGAAGAGGGAGAAGGACAGACUGGUGCAGCAGCUGAAACAGCAGACACAGAACAGGAUGAAGCUGAUGGCUGAUAACUAUGAAGGAGACCAUAUGAAAUCCUGCGGCCACUCCAACCAAAUCAAUCACAAGCCCUCCCCCGAUCAGAUGAUCCAGCCCCUCAUAGAACUUGACCAGAACCGCAGCAAACUCAAACUGUACAUUGGCCACCUGACUGCUCUGUGCCAGGACAGAGAUCCCCAGAUUCUCCAGGAGCUCCACCCACCUGCGGCCUAUUACCUGGAGGACAACCAGGCAGCCUGGGAGCAGAGGCUGCAGAAGAUGACAACAGAGGAGCUGACCCAAGAGCUGGAAAAGUGUGAACACGAGAGCGCCGAACUGCAGGAAUUCGCCAACGCCAUCCUGCAGCAAAUCGCUGAUCACUGCCCUGACAUUUUGGAGCAAGUUGUCAACGCCUUAGAGGAGUCCUCCUGACCUCCCCCCAAACACAGGAACGAGAGAGCCAGCCUUCCGGAUGGACGUGGCGUCCGCUGACCUAUCCCUUCACCCGCUGGUGUUGCACCUUGGGAUUGGGAACUGCACUUUCAGCCUUGCACUGCCUGUCCACUCACUGACCGUUUCCAAAGAACCCAGAAUGGGGGCUGUUCCUUUCUCGAAACGCUCUCUGGGUUUGCCUCCAGGACCAAACCAUUUCCAUAGCUGUUGGGGGAGGAACGUGUCCCAUCACCAUUUAUUUGUCACCAUCUCUGUUUCAAUUUUAAUUACUCAGAGCAGAGACUUAAUGCAAUAAUAAGGGGGUUCCUGGUGGACGUAUGUCAGAGGGUUAGAGCUGGGGUCAAUCUAUACUGAGCCUCGCCAUAAACUGUUCGAGAAAUGUCUACAGAAACCCUAGUCAGCCCAACACAUAAUGUAUUGUACACUACUGCAAACCCGUAGCCCGAGGUCCGUCACUAUCAAAUACACUAUCUACUCUUUUUGCUUUCAUCCUACUGUAACUGGGUGUUCUAUGUCUAUGACCUGCCAUAUUUCCGAGGAUUUGGAGCAGCGCAGUACCUUCCUUCCUACCAGAAUAAUCACCCUACCAAUUAGA